AUGUUUUUGUUUGAUACUAAUUUCUAUAUCCGUGAAGUUAGCCUUGCCCUGUUAUCUUCCCUGACAUUGUAUCCGGAAACUAGUAUGGAUAGAAAUUUUUCGUCUAAAAUAUUUGAAGCAUGUCCAAUGCUGCACGAAGAACUCAAUGUUUUUGAUAGACGCAACACAGUGAAUCCAAAUAGUAUGAGAAUAGUAUAUCCAUGGAUGGUAAAGCAUAGGAAAGGUAAAUCAAAGGUGAAUUCUCUAAAUAUCAAUAAAGAAAAGAUAAAAACAAGAACAAGAAAAGUCUUCGAACAAUCUACUCAACUUCAACUCGAAAUGGAGUUUCGUUCCUCAUCAUAUUUAACGUCUUGGAAGCGGCAAGAUUUGUCAGAAAAAUUAAACUUAAGUGAACGCCAAGUGAGAGUGUGGUUUUAA